CAUCACUCAAACUUGAGUCAGUUCGUCGUUGACAUUCCUUCUUUCCCAACCACAAUAUUUCUACGACGACAAACUUUGGGAUCUCUUUCGAGACCGUUUUUCGACUUAUUAUAUUCCCUUCUGGAAAUUUGCUGAUUUGAGCGGAUCAUGUCAUCUUCCAUUACUAUCCCGCCUAGAGCUGGGGAGAGCAGUAAGGCUGCUGCUGCACCAAGCUCCAGUUCAUCGUCGUCCUAUUCAAGCUCCCCACGAACACCUCAACAACCACAACAAUCUGCGACACCUGCUUCUUCUAGACCAAAGUAUGGACAUGAUCGGAGACCUAGCUUGCUAAGCUCAUCACUCUCGAAGCAAGAACACACUGUCAUCAACAUUGGUGAUCCGGAUGGUGUACCACGCUUAAUUACCUGCGUGCGAUCAUCUCAAGGCUACGAAUGGAAUCCUGAGAUCUUUCUACCCUCAUACGUUGAAUGCGACUUCGAAUCACUCGAGCGAAAGCGAGACCCGGUCCACGAGAUACGCCUUAGUGACGAAGAAAUCAAGCAGAUGUUCCCUCAAUAAUUUGAAAUCUUAUCGGUUGGUUGAAGGGUAGAAGAGCACUGGUCCUGGUUCGGACAAUUUGGGAUCUGCACAUGAAAGGCGCUGGGAUUGAACAUAUGAUUCCCAUGAUAUCUUACUUGGACACCGGAGUAUUUUUGGAGAUGAUUCUACGGCGUGCGUACGAUUAGACGAUUAAACUAUGACUGCACGAGGGGUUUGGAUUGGAGUUUUGGCAUUUCUCAGGUAUUGUUAUGAAGGUUUCGGGAAGGGCGUCACUCCCUACUUACUUUGUUCGUACAUUGCAAUAACUACUUGACACCUUUUUCAUUUCAGCGCAUUGCAGUAGCUUUCUCGAGUGUAAUUGUCGAAUCCAUCAUGGACAUCUA